GGAAGUUAUACAUUUAGCAGGUUUUUGUCCAACCCUCCCUAAAAUCGAUGAGAAAGGAAUAUGUUGUCUUUCCUGACAGCUGAGAGUAUGAGUGUAUCUGUCAUUCUAAUCUGGUCUGUCAUCUAAUAUCCAGUAGCUGGUUAAUUUAACAAUUUCCAGCUAGCUUUAUACUAGCCAUCCUGAUGUCAACAUGUUCAGCACUGAAAGAUAAUUUGCAGUAUUCCACUGAACAUAUAGUCAUUUUCAGUUGCAGCAGGGUCAUUAAAAGGGUCCUCUGACAUUAUCAUUGAACAUUUCAGUCUUAAAAUGUCUGGCACCCUAAGGUCAGUGACAAAGCUAUAUUUAGAUUGAAUCAUGAGAGUGGUGAAUGUUUGCUUCAACUCUGCAACACAUACAAACACACAAAUGGAAACGGUAUUCCACCCAAUAUUUUCUGACUCUGUCUGUAACUUUUGUCCACCUACAGAGGGACUUUACAAGAUCAGAGCAGAACGUGUGUGUGUGUGUGUGUGUGUGUGUGUGUGAGAGAGAGAGAGAGAGAGAGAGAGAGAGAGGCCCACUUCUUAAGGAGGCCACUGGAGGGCACACAAUUCUUUUGGGACCAAUAACCAAAGUCUGUAAAAUAAUAGUGGUAUUACGUUAUUUAUAAGAAAGGUAGAAUUCAUAGCAGCAUGUAGAAAUACUACAGUACAUAAUGUCAUAUCCUUAUCAAACAACACAGUAGAUAAUGACUUCAAGGGUUUGAAAAUAAGCCAGAAAUAAUUGAAAUACAUCCGUAUUUAUGUCACCUUUGGAUUUAACUUUCAUUAUUUUUCUCUGUGUUUAUUUCACAUGGCCCACCACCACUUCUAUAAAUAUGUUUCCUUUCACUAAGCCCUAUAAAUAUCUCUAAAUGACUAGAUUUAUCUCCUGAGUAAACCAAAUCUUUUCUUUCCUAGAGCAUAGUCAAAUCAGAAUGACAGAAGUUUCCGAGCCCAUGCAGACUGUCGCACCCAAAGGAGUAAAUUCCGCUCUUCUGUCCGUCUCAUUUGAUUGUGGUUAUGCCAGAGCUGCUUUCUCUCUCUCGCUCUGCUCGGUAGAACUCGUCACUUUCCGAUGAUCAUAUUCCGGAAUCGAAACCAUAUAUGGAGCAUGGGGGUGGUCCCAUGUUUACCGGAUUAAACCUUUUAUGGGUUAAAAAGCUCAACCGGAAUUCCUCUUCUGAUACCAGAGGGUGAUUAGAUAGAAGAUACACGAGAGGAGCCUACUUGUAAAAAAUGAAUGAUAUUUAAAAGAAAUGCCCACGAAGUAAAGCUCUGUAAGCUCGCUGUAGCAUAUUUUGUUGGAGUGUAGUUUUUAUGGUUGUUUGCUGCUGUUUAGAAUCCAGUGGAAAAAGUCCGUUUCAUGUCUCCUGGAGCGGCGGGUACUCCACUGACAAGUGAUUCCCUUUCAAAUCGUCACGGAGCUUCUCAGCCAAUCAGCAUCGGCAGCGCCUCAGCCCUGUCUGCUCCAUCACCCCUCCUACCCCAUAUAUGGGCAAUGACGUGAGCGCGCGUUCAAAAGGUUCCCCAUAUAUACGUACAAGUGCCAGGGCCCCCGUUCUCAAUAAGAGUUACUUUACAAGGUGUCAGCUUUAUCACCAGAGCGCAUGAAGCGCAGCAGACAUACGGAGCACAUCCUCUCUCACACGGUGACAGACAGAGAGAUGCAGUGGUGACCUACAGUCGGCUGGGUUACACAGUUACCUGUUAUAAUAUUUGAGGAAAAUAAGAGAGAAGCGAGCAGACGCGGUUUUUAUUUUUUGCUAUACAAUGACGGCUAAAACUUUGGAGAAGUUGCCGGUGAAUCUCGGGGGGUUCGUGCAUCCCGUAGCUGAGAGUGUGUACUCAGUGGAUGACAUCGCCACCAACUUGCCAGCAUCUGUGACUAUCUUCCCCAGCACCGAUCUGGGAGCGCAUUACGACCAGAUUAAUAUGGCAGCAGAUGGCUUGAUGAGCGCAGAUAUGAGCGCAGAGAAGCGCUCUCUGGACCUCUCCUCCUACUCGAGCGGCUUCUCUCAGCCGGCGUCCCACCGCAACCAGACCUUCACCUACAUGGGAAAGUUCUCCAUCGAUUCCCAGUAUCCAGGUAACUGGAACCCCGAGGGAGUGAUCAACAUCGUCUCGGGCAUCUUCAACGUGGCCCAGCCACCGCCUCCUCCUCCUCCCUCCUCUUCGGCGUCCUCCUCCCCGGCUUCUUCAGGAUCUCCCAAUCACUUCUCCGGCGGAAAUUUGAGUUGCACCAUGGCGGCUCAGAACCAGGCAGAGAUAGACCACCAUCACCACCUGUAUUCCCCCCCGCCACCUUACCCAUCCUCUGGCUGCGGAGAGGUGUACCAGGACCCCUCGGCGUUUUUGUCCACUUCCACCUGCCCUAUUGCCUCGUACCCGCCGCCCUCUUACUCUUCACCCAAGCAGCCCGGUGGCUCAGAAGCGCCAGGGUUAUUCCCCAUCAUUCCCGAUUACUCGGGCUUCUUCCAGCCUGCUUGCCAGCGGGACAUGCACACGGCAGGUGUCCCAGAUCGGAAACCAUUCGGCCCAUGUCCGCUCGAUGCCUUCCGCGUCCCUCCACCCCUGACCCCGCUGAACACUAUCAGGAACUUUACACUGGGGGGUCCCGGUGGUGGUAGCGGCUCUGAAGGAGGAACAACGAGGCUCCCCUCUGCCUACAGCCCACAGAACCUACCUCUGAGGCCGAUCCUGCGACCCAGGAAGUACCCGAACAGACCCAGCAAGACGCCCAUUCAUGAGCGUCCGUACCCCUGUCCUGCGGAGGGCUGCGACCGGCGAUUCUCCCGCUCUGACGAACUGACCAGACACAUCCGCAUCCACACCGGACACAAACCGUUCCAGUGCCGGAUUUGUAUGCGAAACUUCAGCCGCAGCGACCACCUCACCACGCAUAUCCGCACGCACACGGGAGAGAAGCCUUUCGCCUGCGACUUCUGCGGCAGGAAGUUCGCGCGGAGCGACGAGAGGAAGAGACACACUAAAAUCCACCUGAGGCAGAAGGAGAGGAAGUCCUCCACUGUCUCCACCUCGUCGUCCUCCUCGUCCAGCAGCUCCGGGCUCAGUGUAACCAACGGGAUCUGUUCAUAGUUACAAAACUUUGUUACUGCCAGGGCGUGAUGAAUACUAACCCGUAAAAAGAAAAGAACUAAACAUUUCAGCGUAAAACAGAAAGAUUGGAGUAAGCAAGAAUAAACAGGAACUUGUGUGCAGUCAAGCGCAAUUACGCACAACCAUCCAU